AUGCCUUCGUCAACCGUUCAAGGCGGUAUUCUUUUGAAUGCCGGCCCUGUGACAACAACUUGGACCGCUCCACCAUCAUGCGCCACCAGACCAGUCACUGUCCAGCUUGGCAAUGGCGUUGAUGUUGGUCGGGGGGUUUGGCAAGAAAACUGCGCUCUGGAAGAUCCGGGCCCCUACGAUGAAUGUGCACCCGACGUCCUUGGUGUGCUUAUCGAUCUACUCUUCAACGGCACGGACACAGCUGCAAGCAGUCUUGUUCUUUACCACUCACCAGGACUUGCUUGCCCAUCCGCAUGGACUCCUGCCGGAACGGCCAUCAGAUACGAUACCACCUCGUACGACCUAAGCGGCGUCUUUGCCGACCCGACCCUAACGAUCACCAAGACUGCAAGCUCUACCGAGACCCAAACUUUGUCUCAGAUGACCCCCUACAUAAACCCCGUCCCCAAUAUGGUCAUGUCUGCUCUCGAGCCUGGAGAAACCGGAAUUUGGUGCUGUCCAUGCGGCUACACAGCACAGCCGUUCGGCCCUGGCUGCUAUUCCGAAGUACCCAGGAGCCUGUACACCGCAAAUACUGCCUGUUCUGUAAUCCUCCGCCCUGCCGCUGCUACAAAGGUCAACGUUACAUACACCUACCAUGGAUGCGGUGGAGACAAGAGCUCCGCAAUGCCCGGUUGUGACAAAUUCGACAUUGAUUCUCGCGAGGCCAACAUCCUCCGCGGAAAGCACCUCGACAUCCUCCGCCAAAGGCAUCUCAACUUCAACGACAAGCUCGUCCUCUGCAACAGGCACCACAGCGACAGGAGCUGCGAAGGCGAACGGGAUCCCGAGAGUAGCAUGUGGUGCCAUGGUUACAUGGUGGACCGCUGUUUGUAUGUUCAAUACUUUGUGGUGAAUUAG